AUGUAUGACGAUAAUUUUGCUAGGUACAAAAUAUUACCAAUGAUAGCGGGAACAUAUAAUAAUCCAAGAAACUGUUUACAAAAUACAUUUAAAAAUUAUACUUUUAUAACUCAAACAACAGUUGGAUGUGAUUUUAUAAAUAAUGAUAAAUGUUCAGGAUUUGUAGCUGUUAGUAAUGAUGAUAAAGCUGUUAUUAUUGCAUUUCAAGGAUCUAUUACAGCAAUGCAAAUUAUGCUAGAAGGGUAUGAAACAGUUUUUGAUGAAAAAGAAAAAUUUUUAGGUGGUGGAAAAGUUUCAAGAUAUUUUUAUAUCUCAUGGAGUUUAGUUUGGAAUGGUGGUUUAAGAGAUGGUUAUUUUACAGCUAAAAAUUUAUAUCCAAAUUAUGAAGUAUGGGUAACAGGACACUCAUUAGGUGGUAGUAUGGCUGCUAUUGCUGCUGCAAAUAUUGUAUAUCAUAAUUAUACUCAAAAUGAUAACAUUAAACUUAUAACAUUUGGUGAACCACGAACAGGUGAUAAAGAUUUUGCAUUAAGUAUUGAUCAAAAAAUUGGUUACGCUUACAGAGUAGUUCAUAGUCAUGAUCCAAUACCUCAUUUACCAUUACGAGAUAUGUUAGGUUAUAUUCAUCAUAAAGGAGAAAUUUUUUAUGAUAAUAACAUGUCUCAAGGAAGUCCAUUUACAGUUUGUUCAAGUAUUGAUGAUAACAAACAAUGUAGUGAUAAAUAUAUAAAUUUCAAUAUAUUUGAUCAUCUUUUUUAUUUUAAAGAUAUAACAUUAUUUGGAAAAUUAAAUUGUAAACAAUAA